AGGGCCAGGGGCAGGGGCAGGUGAAGGGGUAGGAGCAGGGGCAGGGGCAGGGGGCAGGUGAAUUUACCUGCGGCGCAGCCCCUCGUGCGCCCCCAGCCCGCUGUCGCCCAGGAGCCGCGGGUCCAUCCUCGAGCCCGGACGCGCAGGACCCAGGUCACGGGUGGAUCAGAGCGGAUUGCCGGGGAUUACCGGGUGGGUGCGGGAGAGCGGCCCGGCGCUCACGAAAGCGUCUUGCAGACACGCGUCCCCUUUGACACACCCGACUGACGGCGCUGAGUGAGCGGCCCGGACCCCAAAGGUCUCUUUAAAACAGACACGUGGGGUGUCGAGUGGGGUUCCACUGCGCGGUACCGUGCCGAUACCGAGCAGGUCCGCCCCCGACAGCGACACUGCGAUCUCGCCCGGCUUAAACUGCUCGGCGCCCUCCCCCAUCAGUCCAGGCGGAUAGAGCACAGAUCUUCUUAGUGUCAAAACCUCGGGGGGGGGGCGUGUGUGUGUCCACUGGGAGCGAAAAUGGUGUUUAGGCAGAUUUAAAAAAUCUAUAUUUGAAAAAAAAAUCAGCUGAGGUUCCUUUAGAAUACUGUGUGUGAUUUUGUAUUUGUAUUGUAAAUGUCUGUAGAUUUUUUUUAUGUUAAUUGUAUUUGUUUGGCUUCGGCAGCACUGAUUUUACUCAGUGGUCAUGACAAUAAAGCACCUUGAAUUCAACUGAGUUGAAUUGUGGUCUCCUCCUGACAGAAAAAGACAUCGCGGCUCUGGAGUCCAUCCGACAAAGAGCGGACAGGUACCCUCCAGGAUUUAAGGUGUCUUAGACGGACACGCCUACGAGGAGAGCUGGUUCAGGCGUUCACAGCGUAGACACCACCUCACACUAAGGGUGGCGGGAGUGUGGAACAGGCUGCCCAGUCCUGCUGUCGAAUUCGACACCCCUUGUUUCCGGACGGGCUGAGUCCACCUCUCUUUUGUAACUGUUGCUACGUCCCAGUGGGGUAGCCCGGCUGUCGGACAUGCGGCUCGGAACCAGUGGGAAGGGACAGGGGGGGAGGGGACUGUUUUAACUGUGACACCUGUGCGCGUCGCGGUGUGUCCGCGGAGCAGGCGCUGGGCAGAACUUUCUCUAUUAAAACCGCCAGAUUUGUACCCGUCUUUUAUUUUAUUAUUAUUAUUAUUAUUAUUAUUAUUAUUAUUAUUUGGAGCGUGGGAGGCGUCAGUUACAGCUCCGAAACAUUUGUACUUUUUCUCGUUUUUCUCGAAAGCCUGGAAGAGGCGAUCCUCGUUUUUAUUUUUCCUGCCUGUGAUCGCUGUCGGCUUUGUUCUCGAAGAGAUGCGUUUGGAAGCCGCCGGGAGGAGGGGAAGGAGAGGGAGAGACGUUCAUUACAGAUGAGACGACGGCGCCAUUCCGGCCAUUAACGUUCUGUGUAUUGUCGAACACUAUGCUUUUGAUUUUGCGGGUAGCGAGAAGAUUCGUAUUGUAUCUGCGUUUCUAGCGUAGACGGGCUGUACUUGUCCCCACGUAUUUAUAGGGAAGAGGGGGGCGUUAUUGAAAGAAGCACGCACACGUUUUUUGCGUUACAUUGUUUGGCCGAAAAUCCCCACCAACAGCAAACGACUUGUCGUUGCCCAGCGACUCGAACUUCCGGCUUCCGGCCUGCGGUCCAGCAUGCGGUCGUUCUGCUACCGGACGUGGGGCCGGCUGGAGCGCGCGUGCCGCCGCCUGCCGGUGGUGGUGAACACGCUGCUCGUGCUGUCCAUCACGGCGGAGGUCAGCUACCUGGUCCUGGCCGAGGCGCCGGGGCGGGCGGGCUGGACGGCGCCGUGGAAGGCGGCCCACCUGGGCGCCCAGGCCUUCAUGCUGGGCAACAUCGCCUGGAACUCCGUGCUCUUCCUCAGGACGGACCCCAGCGUCCGGGGGGUCUUCCUCGGAGGGGAGGGCAUGGGCCAGGGCUGGAGGUACUGCUACAGCUGCGAGACUCACACCCCCCCGCGCUGCUCCCACUGCCACGACUGCGGGGUGUGCGUCCUGCGCCGGGACCACCACUGCGUCUUCUUCGGCCAGUGCGUGGGCUUCCGCAACUACCGCUACUUCCUGAGCAGCCUGCUCUUCAUGUGGGCGGGGCUGCUGUACGCCGUGGUGCUCAACACCGAGGUCUUCCUGCUGGUCCUGAGCGAGGGGCUCACCCUGCACAGCGCCCUGCUGCUGCUCGCGCCCUGGGCCUUCCUGUUCUUCCACGCGGCGCUGAUGCUGCGCGGCCAGACCACGCGGGAGUGGUACUCCAGCCGCCGCCCCUACAGCCUGGGCUGGCGCCGCAACCUCCAGGAGUGCCUGGGCCGGCGCUGGUACCUGGCCUGGCUCUGCCCACUCAUCCCCUCCCCGCUGCCCGGCGACGGCAUCCACUUCCGGGUCACCGGCCCGCUGGACCCCGCCGGCAACUGACCGCCCCCCUGCCUCCCUGAGACCGUGACCGACGGGGGGCACACCGCCAAGCGGACGUGGGAGCAUGCUCAAACACCCCCCUUCAGUAUUUCAGCCUGGCUGGGCCACCCGCAAAGCACCGUGGGAAACGGGCAGUCCCUCCCUCUGCUGCUGGGGUGAGCCACCAGGGGGCAGAGUGACCUCUCCCCCACCCCUGUUCCAGCAGGCUGACAUUGUUCAGACUGAGCCGCGUGGCGCCCUCUGACCGGGCAGCUGAUCUCAGGCCGGUAUUGAUCAGCACCCUCCUGCUUUUUUUACGUGAUCUGUAUCGGGGCUCCUCUCUCCUGGUCCCCUGGGGUGCUUGCAGUGACCUCACAGAAUCAAGUAGGGGUCUCGGCUGCAGAACUCUCAGCUAGGGGUCUCAGUGACUGGAAUCAAUGAAGGGUCUUCAUGACCGUGAACGCAGUGCCUCUCCAGGACCAGAGCGAGGAGCGCCGAUCCCCCGCAGGGAGGGGCGGGAAUCUGGGAAUUUCUCACGGCACGAGGAAGCGAGCCGGUGUGGGUCAGCAGGGUCUUUAUUGGGGGGGGGCUGUGGGGGGCUCUCAGUCCUUCUCCUGCCUGUGACACUCCUCCUCCUCCUCCUCCGCCGCCUGCAACGAGAGGGAGAGAGCCGGGGCGGUGAGGAUCGGGGCGCCCCUCCGCUGCCCUUCGGAAUCCCGGGAUCUCGUCCGGCUGUUCCCCGAAGGAUUCCGGGGAACCUGAGCUUCCGCGGUUGUCCUGAGCCACGUGUCCGUGUGUCUGCCCCCGUCUGUCGAACCCUGUGCCAAGACCGGGACUGCGCAGCUGCCAAAAACUCGGACCCUCAGCCGGCGGACUAUUUCCAGCCUGGGGAGCGCUCCCUCCGGUCCCUGCCGGAUCUCCUGCGCCCGGACUCCGGGUCUGGAGCUGGAGUCUGGGACGGGGACGGGGGGUUGAUUCCUGCGCCACAGGUCGGGAAGACCCCGUUGUCGGAGGUGCCUCCCGGUUCCGGGAUUGCGGGAUUUUGUUAUUUUCCCAGCGGACUGCUGUUCUCGGCGACCCUGCCUGCCCGAGGGGCAGCUUGGUUUGGAAUAAAGGCGACAGGUUGUUUUGUAAA